UGCAUUUUUCAUGCAAUGCUACUUGUGAUUGUUGAAAUAAGUUUGUCUCUAUACUGCUUUCUGGUAGUGCGAUCAGUCACAGCUCCUUCAGAAGCCACUACUGGGUUUGAUGACAUGGUUUCCGAGACCAAGAGGAAAUAUUAUAUGUUAGGUGGAAAGGGAGGUGUUGGAAAGACAAGCUGUGCUGCAUCACUAGCUGUAAAAUUUGCAAACAAUGGUCACCCCACUCUUGUUGUUUCAACUGACCCUGCUCAUUCUUUAAGUGACUCUUUUGCCCAGGAUUUGACUGGAGGGACACUGGUACCAGUUGAAGGACCUGAUUCUCCAUUGUUUGCCCUUGAGAUAAAUCCUGAGAAAGCCAGGGAAGAAUUUCGCAGCACAAGCCAGAAAACCGGGGGAAAUGGAAUCAAAGAUUUUAUGGAUGGCAUGGGCCUUGGGAUGAUUGUUGAACAGUUAGAAGAGUUAAAACUGGGAGAGCUUCUGGACACACCUCCUCCUGGUUUAGAUGAAGCAAUUGCAAUUUCCAAGGUUAUACAAUUCCUUGAAUCACGAGAAUAUAAUAUGUUUACUCGAAUAGUUUUUGAUACUGCCCCAACGGGUCAUACGUUACGGCUUUUGUCAUUGCCAGACUUCCUGGAUGCAUCUAUAGGGAAGAUAUUGAAGCUUAAGCAGAAGAUAGCCUCAGCUACUUCGGCCAUCAAAUCUGUCUUUGGACAAGAAGAUACUCGGCCGGAUCCUGCUGAGAAAUUAGAGCGUUUACGGGAUAGGAUGAUCAAAGUACGGGAGCUUUUUCAUGACAAAGAUUCAACAGAAUUUGUCAUUGUAACAAUCCCCACGGUGAUGGCGAUUAGUGAGUCAUCAAGGUUGCGUGCUUCCUUGAAGAAGGAAAAUGUUCCUGUCAAGAGGCUUAUUGUUAAUCAGGUCCUUCCCCCAUCUGCCUCGGACUGCAAAUUUUGCGCAAUGAAGAGGAAGGAUCAAAUGCGUGCUCUUGAUAUGAUCCAGAAUGAUCCAGAACUCUCUGGUUUGUCGUUGAUCCAGGCACCCCUUGUUGAUGUGGAGAUCAGAGGUGUUCCAGCUCUUCAGUUCUUAGGGGACAUUGUUUGGAAGUGAAAAUCUUUUUGAUGAUAUCAAUGAUUCAGCAUAUUGGGUAUUGCGGUAACAUUGACUGACUGUUGUGUAGAUGUGGUUGAAGUUGGUCUUCUACGUGGGAUUGAUCACUCCAUUGAUACUACUAAACCCUCUCUUUGACUGACUAGCUGUAGCGGAGGUUCUAGUAAACACACCAAACUCACUGGUCUUUUUUACGUGAGGAUAUGUGCAUAUUUUGAAACGACAGAUAUUAUUGUAUACAAGAAAGUCAUAUCUAAAGGGGAAGUAACGGAAUUUUGUGUUAAAAAGCAAGAUGAAAAGAAAAGGAAGCGAAAUGUAGCUGCUUAAAUCAUACUUGUUAUGAUUAUGAUUGUAUGGCCAAUGAAUGAAUAGAAUGUAUGUGAGCUAAGGUUCGGUUCAUUUGCUUAAAAAUAUAUAGUGGACGGGAAGAGUGAUUAUUGACACAUAAUUCGAUCAUAAUAUUGCCUUGUGAAAAUUUGUGAUAUUGAUUAAGUUACUUUUUGUUAUUGAA